UCCCGCUCUCCCGCCGCUUGUCUCCGCGCGCCUGGUCCCGGCGUGGCCCAUUGCUCCACCGACGUCGAGCCGCGCCGCGCACGCGGGCCGCGGAGAUGAAGGUGCUGGGACACAGGCUGGAACUGCUGACAGGGCUUCUGCUCCACGACAUAACCAUGGCGGGGCUGCAGGAACUGCGAUUCCCAGAGGAGAAGCCCCUGCUACGGGGCCAGGAUGCCACAGAGCUGGAGAACCCUGACACCUUCCUCUCAGUUGUGGACACAGAUUGGAAGGAACAUGACAUCGAGACGCCUUAUGGCCUUCUGCACGUGGUGAUCCGGGGAUCCCCCAAAGGGAACCGCCCUGCCAUCCUCACCUACCAUGAUGUAGGUCUCAACCACAAGCUGUGCUUCAACACUUUCUUCAACUUUGAGGACAUGCAGGAGAUCACCAAACACUUUGUGGUGUGCCAUGUGGAUGCCCCUGGACAGCAGGUGGGGGCGUCCCAAUUCCCUCAGGGGUACCAGUUCCCAUCCAUGGAGCAGCUGGCUGCUAUGCUCCCCAGUGUGGUACAGCACUUUGGGUUCAAGUACGUGAUUGGCAUUGGAGUGGGAGCCGGAGCCUAUGUGCUGGCCAAGUUUGCGCUCAUUUUCCCCGACUUGGUGGAGGGGCUGGUACUGAUGAACAUCGACCCCAAUGGCAAAGGCUGGAUUGACUGGGCUGCCACCAAGCUCUCUGGCCUCACCAGCACUUUACCAGACACGGUGCUCUCCCACCUCUUCAGCCAGGAGGAGUUGGUGAACAACACGGAGCUGGUGCAGAGCUACCGGCAGCAGAUCUCCAAUGUGGUAAACCAGGCCAACCUGCAGCUCUUCUGGAACAUGUACAACAGCCGCAGAGACCUGGAUAUUAACCGGCCUGGGACAGUGCCCAAUGCCAAGACGCUCCGCUGCCCGGUGAUGCUGGUGGUCGGAGAUAAUGCACCUGCUGAGGAUGGGGUGGUUGAGUGCAACUCCAAAUUGGACCCAACCACCACGACUUUCCUGAAGAUGGCAGAUUCUGGGGGGCUCCCCCAAGUGACACAGCCAGGGAAACUGACCGAGGCCUUCAAAUACUUCCUACAAGGCAUGGGCUACAUUGCAUACUUGAAGGACCGAAGGCUGAGUGGAGGAGCAGUGCCCUCGGCUAGCAUGACCCGCCUUGCACGCUCUCGAACUGCAUCUCUCACCAGCGCCAGCUCUGUGGAUGGCAACCGCCCGCAGGCCUGCACCCACUCAGAGAGCAGUGAGGCACUGGGCCAGGUCAACCACACCAUGGAGGUGUCCUGCUGAAGCCCUUGGUUCUGCCCAAGUCUCCCGUUCACCCCCAGGUCCCACUGCCAUCUCUGCGCUGGCUCAUCUUCCUUUUAGUUUAUUUUUGUGAGGGUGAAGGGGAGGAAAUGGAGUUACUUCUCUUUUAUUUAGAAAAUGAGGGAUCCACCUUAGAUGAUGCCAAGGAACAGUCUUCGAUGGUAUGAGGGGGUCACCCUAUAUAUUCCCAUCUCACCCAGCGUAUUCACUGGUUGAUACGACCCCUCUAACUUGGCCCCCAUGACCCUGGCGUGGGGAUUGGCUGAGGAAAGAGUUCACCUCUUUCUGUGGCCAGGAUCCAGGACCAUUCCUGUAUUGAAGAAAAGGCCUGGUUCACUCUUGGGCAGGCAGAUUUGAAGAUAGCAUGGGAGCAAAAGAGAGUGGGUGCUGAGCUCAGAUGUAGGUGGAAGCCAGGAGAAACCAGUGGAGAGCCCUAGACCUCAGAGGGCCCUUUCUUCUCAACCCCUGCACCAAGCGCAACGAUUCUGACUGGUGGUGCAGGUGACAGUCACAGGAGGGCAGCCACAAGAGGGUGUUCUGAGCAGGCAGGAAGGUGCAGUAGGACCUGGCAGGGGCUGAAGACAGAACAUGGAGAACCCCAAGGUCAGGAACCCCUAUACUUUGCCACCCCAUGUCUCUGUCCCAUCCUGGGCCAGAAGUCACCUGGCCCCCUCUCUCUGGUGGUGGAGGCAAGAGGCCAGGAGUGGUUGUGUGAUAUGUGUAGCCCUUGAAAACUUUGUGAUGACCCCUUUGGCAACUGGCAAGUAAUUGAGAGUUCUAUGGCCUCCUCUGCUGCCACAGAUCCCUCCACGGGUGUGUGGCAGACAGUCCUGUCAAGCUGGACCAGUGUGUCUCACAGACACCACUGGAGAGGUGAGCUUGUGGGAGAGAACCGGUCCAAGACGGCAAGAUGUCACACCUCUGACUGCUGGGAGGGGGCUGGGUCUUCCUGGGGCCCAGAGUGGGAGAUGAAUGGUCCUUAAGGCAAGCAAAGGUGGAGGAGAAAGACUCCCUGCACACCCCAGCCCCUCCUGCAUCUCACAGCUGUCCACCCACCUCACCAGGUAGACUUUCCCAGUCCAGAAUCCAGAGCUGUUGUCUCAGCCUGAAUCCAUUGUUAUGCUUAAACAGAGGAAGAGCACACUAAAGAAGAAUGACGGGCUGUGUGUGUGUGGGGGGUGAUCUGAGCUGAGGACACCUAUAUUGUUCCUUGGCACAUGCCCUCUUCUGUAACUGUAAGCCAUUUCUAGACUGCUCUAGAGUCCAAUGGAGUGUUACUCUGCCCCAGUUCUGUUCACUCAACAUACUUCCUUGAAUAUUAAAUGUGUUUAAAGCUGGUAGAAUUAAUCCCUUAUUGUAGAUAGUACUGCAAGUAUCGAGGCUUUUUUUUUCCUGUGUUCUUCAGAUAUCUAAUAAAUACCUAUACAUUAUAUAUACAUACAUGUAUAUCAGGUUCUCCUGUGUGUGGUUCUCCAUUGGAGGUUGUCUCCUUGGUCAAGGUGAACUUUUAAUGGAGUUUAUUACUUUCCUCUGUGUACAAAAUGAAGAGCCUAAUUUUGUGUAUUCUGGUGGCUGACGUUGUGAGAUUUUUGAGAUGACAAAAUGUCAGAUCAAAACCCUUGUCAAUGUAGAAAGUUAAUUGUGCAGAGUAAUAAAGAAAUUAAGAAUCA